UUAUUUUGUUUCAUCCUUAUUUGUUUCAUCACUUUUUGCUAUUUUUAUUUUAUUUUGCUCUUCUAUCAUUUUAUUUUUUACUUCUACUUUGUUUUCCUAUCAUUUUUUUAUUUUCUCAACCUUUUCUCUCAUUUUAUCUAGUAUCGUCUAAUUAUAAAGGGUUAUAAUAUAACUUUAAUCUAUCACAACCAACCUACUCCCAUUUACUUUGGCCUUAUACAAUUUCAUACAAUUUCAUUCAAUUUCAUACCAAUAUAUCAUUCAAAUUAUUACUGGUUAUCAUGAAGGAAAAAAUGAGCUUUGGAAAUUUCUUAUCCUAUAACAAUGAAGCAUCUUACAUCACUUACAAGAAAGCAAAAGAUGGUAGUGCAGGUACUCCUCUGUUCCAAAGUUCUAGGGCCUAUAAAACCAGCUAUUCUUCUGAUUCAAAACACUCUGGCUCGAAGGGAUCAUCAACUAAUAAAUCAAGAGAAGGUUCAUCAAAGAAUUCAAGUUCAAAUUCUAAAAAUUCAGAUAAUACAUCAGAUAAAACAAAGAAUUAUUUAAGUUCUCUUGAUCCUAAAAACAGAUUAGCCUCUCCUCACAGAAGCACUCCAAUAAACGAAUUAAGUUCUGUUCUCAAUACUUUUUCAUUUGAUAACAACAACAAUAAUAAUAACAAUAAUAGCAAUAACAAUAAUAUAAGCAAACUUAAUGGCAUAAAUAGUAUUUCUAAUUCUCCUAAAGCAAACAAUUAUAUCAGAAGGACUCCAUCAAUAAGUAUAUCCGAUCCAAGCCCUUUAAUUAACAAUAUCAAUGGAGGUAAUAAUAACAUUAAUUCCAUUAACAACAAUAUCAAUAGUAUCAAUAAUAUCAAUAAUAUCAAUAAUAUCAAUUUUAAUAACAAUUUCAAUAAUCUAAACAAUAAUCUCAACAAUUUCAAUAAUAAUAACUAUACAUUACAACCACCUAGAAGAUUUCACGUUGAUGAUGAGAUAAAAGAAAAAACGGUUGAGGUACCGCACUUUUCAUCUGAAGAGAUUAAACUAUUAAGAUACUCUUGGAAUAAUAAUUUGCUAAAAGAUAUUGACAAAUACAUUUCUAAUGAAGAUUUAGAUUUAACCUCAAUUCGAGAGAGAACUGAAAUCUUGAAACAAAUGGGACUUGAAUUUGGUGAGCCCUUAUCAGAAUUGUUUGCAUCAAAGAGAUUUUGGAGAGAAGUUUAUGAUUUUGUGUAUGACAUGAACCCAAGUCCGGAAUUUAAAGCAAGUUUGCCAUCGAUUGCUCAUCAAGCGAAUUCAUUUACAAGUAUUUUCAAGCUUGCAAUUGGAACUUUGGAGGAUUUAAGUCAACUAUCAGGGUUUUUAGAGUCUCUUGGUAGAAGUCAUAGCAGUUUAUUUAAUUCUGAUUUUCAAACAUUUGAAGUAAUUGGAACAGAGAUGUUGCAUGUUUUAUCAUUAAAAUUUGGACCAACAUUUACAGAAGAAUUACAAAAUGCCUGGAGCAAGUUAUAUUGCUUUUUAAUAAAUACAAUGAUAGAGGCUUUAAAUAUCAAAGUGUUUACCGAACAGGAUUUAUUAUCAUUGUAUUCGUCAAUAAGCAAUGAACCCUCAAUAAGAGCCGAAGGUGGUAGCAUAAUAAGUUUAGACAAUUCAUUAUUCACCAAUGGAUCAACACCCAGCAUAUCUACAUCAAUUGAUAGCUCAGUUAAUAGUAAUAUGAUGAAUAACAUUGGCAUGGAUAUUAACAAUAAUAAUAGUAGUGCCAAUCUCAACAAUUAUGCUAGGGAAUCAAUAAUUUUAGGCAAACCAUCAACAUUUGAUACCUAUGGGAGUAAAAACCGUAAUGUUCGAGAAAGCUUAUCAAGUCAAUAUAAUUUAAGCUAUUCAAAUAACCAUAGUCAUAAUUAUAAUCAUAACCAUAAUAACAAUAACAAUAAUUACAAUAAUUACAAUAAUAAUAAUAAUAAUAAUAAUAAUAAUAAUAAUAAUAGUAAUAAUAAUAAUAAUAAUAGUCAAAAUAUUAGUAAUAAUAGAAUAGAUAAGUUCCGUAAUCAUUCCAAUAACAAUAAUUCGGCAGAAAUCAAACCAUCAAUACAAAAAUCAAGAAGUACGAUAAAGAUAUUAUCGCCUACACCAUUGGAAAUUAACGAAUUAACAAGAAUACCAACAAAUUCAACUAUAAAAACAAAUGUUAAUGUGAAAAAGGAAUUUACACUGGAAAUUCAUCAAAGUCGUAAAAAGAAAUUUUUUGGAAAAUUUUAUUAA